CAAGCAGAGCAGGACGUCAGAGGAUGCCAGAGGGGUUGCAUGUGUAUUAGAGUCUGUAAAAGUUCUGAGUGGCUCAUUUAGACUAUGAAGUGCAUUCACUGGCCGUCCUGCAGCAGUGGAUGUAACAGCAGCGCGGCUCAGAUCAGCUGGAGAACCAGAGACUGUUAAUGCAUCAGACGGAAGACUGUGUGUCAUAGAAAAAAAAACCUCAGAGAGCAGGGGAAGUCUGACCAAAGUGUUCAGCCUCUUCCUGCCUGACGAUCGGCUCAGGAAGCCGAGGCACAAACUGAAGGCAGGGCUGACACUGACAAACACUUUUUUCCCUUUGCCUAGUAGUUUUUCCUUAUUCAGUCCUGCUCCGAUCAGUGGGAGGAAGAAGAAAAAAGGGGGGAAGAGAAGAGGCGGGGUUUUCGAUGGAGCAGAGGCAGACAGGGUUUGUGAAAACUCAGUCUGUGCAAACAUGAUGGAGGCCAGCGUCGUGUCCCAGGACACCGGCCAUAGCAGCCCUCUGACGGGAGCCCUGGCCUCCUCCUCCAGCUCCUCGUCUCCCAGCUCUCCGCCCUCGCUGGUCUCCCUCCCUCCAUCCCGGCCAAGUCGUCCCAAGCCUCCACCUCCCAUGCUGAAAUCUUCCCAGCUCCCCUCUCGACCUCCCCUGCCUCCAUCUGCCCCUGUGCCCCUCCCUCCCCCUCCUGCCCCUCCUGCUGCCACAUCUCCCCCAUCUCUUCCCCCUCCUCUCUCACCCACGGUGGUCUCGCCGUCUCCCCUACAAUCAACUGUCUCUUCUGAUCCGGAGCCAGUUCGUUCUCCUCCUGCUCCUCUGGCUCCUCCAUCCUCCGCUGCGGUGUCACCCCCCUCCAGCUCCCCCUCUCUUCCUGCCUCCCUUCCACCCUCACCAGCUCCUCCGGCGCUGAGCUCCAUCGAUCAGCUGCUCGGGAGCGUUUCUGUGUGGCAGCUCAAAGGACUCAGCCCAGACCAAACCACUGAUAUCCUUGAGAAAGAGACAGCAGGGGCAUUUCUGGUUAACUGUCCAGAAGAAAAGACCACAGUGAUUUCUGUCCGUCUGCCUGACCAUCAGGGGCCGCGGCUUGUGCAAAAUCUGCUCGUCAAACAACACAAGUCGUUUGUCCAUUUACAGGGUUCCUCUUUGGUUUUUGAUGAUAUCUUCAAACUCAUCUCCUUCUACUGUACCAGCAGGGACAUCCUGACCGUCCCGCUUAAGUUACCCCGAGCCGUUACCACGACAACUCAAAGAGAGGGCCUGGAGGUCAUUUCAGCAAUGGGUGCAGAUUUCUGGACAUCUGACCUAAACCAGAAGACGAAGAACCAGGACCAGACUAUCCAACCCAGCAUAUACCUGUAUGUGAACCCAGUCGCUGUAGAGGAGCCGCCCAGCAAAGAUCUGAACCCCUCCUCCACCUCCAGACCCGAGCCCGUAACCAAAGACACUGUGGCCUCGUCCCUGCAGAAUGGAGAAGGCUCCCAGAGCGUCAGGCCGCAGGUCAAAGCUCCAGCCAAAAGCAACCAGGAGAUUAAGUACAAGCGCCCCCCGCCGCGGCGACCCCCCAGCCUGGGCUCAGGCUCCGGCACGGGCCUCCUCUUCUCCUCUACCCCAUCACCUCCGAUUUCAACCGCUGUAACACCUCAAGCUGAGAGAAAAGAGGAAGGAAAGGGAGGAGUAGGGGAGGGAGAUGACAGGAAGUCGGUGUCAACAUCACCUCCUCCUCCGUCGAGGCCUCCCGUCCCCCUGCAGGGUCGCUGCGCCCCGCCUCUGCCCCCCGCCCCUCUCAGUCGCACCUCCUCCAGGAAAAGCACGGACCGAGAAGCAGGGAGACCCAAGCCUGCCAAGAAAAGUGAGAGAGGGAUGGGAGGAGAAAGAGGAGAAGAGAAGACGGGGACUAGGCCAGGCCUGCUGGGUGAGGAUGCUGAGCAGGAGGCCAGCAGCCAGCAGGAAGAGGAGGGGGGAAACAAGAGCGAGAUAGACGGACAGAAGGAGGAGAAAGAGGUGAAGAUGGUGAAAGAGGACAAACAGAAAUCCAUUCCCCAGUGUCCGCCACCAGCAGCAAAGAAACCCAGUCGUCCCGUCCCUCCACCGAGGACAAGACCCUCCAUCACAGACUCAAGCGUUGGCUCCAGCAAUCAGAGCGCUGGGACGAGAGUACCACCACCCCCGUCCUCGGCCCGGCGCCCCGAUGUGUCCCUGUACUCGCCACAGGGGGGCGCGGCUCUGGGGCCGGACCCCGACUCGUGUUCCAACAGCAGCACCGAGGAAGAGGCAGAACCGAACCAGGAGCAGGAGCAGAACCACAAGAGCGUUGCAGAGAGCCGCAGCCCCAAGGCGGCCGUCAGGAGAACCCCCACCACCGUCAUGCUGGACCGGGCUCGCCUCCGCCUGUCCACCGUGCUCACCGGCCUCAUCAGCCAUGACCGCCGCCUCACCAAGCGCAUCGUGGAGCUGGCCAGAGACCCGCAGAGCUACUUCGGUAACCUUGUCAAAGAGCACCGAGCUUUCACCUUGGAGACGAUGUCGAACCACCAGACUUCCACGGAGCUGUUACAGGAGAUCAGGCAGAUGAUGACCCAGCUGAAGAGCUACUUCCUGCAGAGCUCCGAGCUGCAGACCAUGCUGGAGCCUCAACAUCAGUAUCCACAAGACAAGCUCGAGAACAUUGUUGAGGCUGCUCUGUGUAAGAGCGUCCUGAAGCCACUGAGGGAGCCGAUCUACCAGACCCUGGAGAGGCUGCACAACAACGGCGGCGACAUGAAACAGCUGGGACAGAACCAGUCUGCUGUCCUGGGCAGCACCACCACAGCUCUGGGAAUAACCACCUCCGUCCCUGAGACCUCUGCUAUGGAGAAGAUCAGCAUCAAACUGAACAGACUUCAUCAGGAGUACUCCCCGCAGAAGAAGAUUGAGCUGCUGCUGAAAACCUGCAAGAUCAUCUAUGACACCAUGUCUGUCAGCUCUCCAGGGCGGGCCCACGGCGCUGAUGACUUCCUGCCUGUGAUGAUGUACGUCCUGGCCAGAUCCAAUCUGUCCGGCUUGCAGCUGGAUGUUGAAUACAUGAUGGAGUUGAUGGACCCGUCGUUGACGCUGGGAGAAGGUUCCUAUUACCUGACCACCACGUACGGGGCGCUGGAGCACAUUAAAACCUUCGACCAGCAGAGGGCUGCCACGCGGCAGCUCAGCCGGGAGGUCCAGGACUCCAUCCACCGCUGGGAGAGGAGACGCACGCUCAACCAGGAGCGCAUGUCCCAGGGAUCUGUCCGGGACUUCCUGACGGUGUAUUGUCCUGACAUUGGAAGCGAGGCCAAAACUCUGGGUGUGUUCCCCACAACGACCAUCGAGGAGCUGACUGAGCAGUGUGCCGCACGAUUUGAAGAAGACUCCUACGUUCUCAGUGUGUUCCUGGAUGACGUGCAGCAGGACGUCGGUCCCACAGACCUGGCCCUCAGUGUGAAGAACAGCUGCCAGCCGGGAGCGUACUGCUUCAUCUACCAUCCUGUAGGUCAGGCCACCCACCCGUCCGGCCGCACCUGUCCCUCCGACCCGCCGCCGGCUCCGCCCACGCCGAGCCUCCUGGCAGCUAACGUGGCAGCUAACGUGGCAGCUAACGUGGCAGCUAACGUGGCAGCUAACGUGGCAGCUCCCGUCGACGCAGAGCCAGAGCCAGAGGUGGAGGAAGAGACUCUGAUUCACCUCUAACCCUCCCAGCCUCACAGAGGGGUUGUCAUGGUAACUGCAUCACUGUGACUGACAGCGUUGAUGACUGCGACACAAUACGGCAGUGACACAAAAGGAGAAAAACAAUCAAAUGUAUUUUAAUCUCAGGUCUCACUGGGAAUACUGAUCCUGUUGAAACUGAAUUAAAUGGAAAAGAUGUGGAUUAAAGUGCCUUGUCUGAUGCAACACAUCAGAGAGUAGUGAGAAACUAAAAUGAGAAAGCAGAGAUUAAAGAUUUCUGUACAUCAGAAAGGGGUCUGGAACCCAGGGGGAGUUAGUUUUAAACUAUGUAAAAAUACUUGCAAUAACAUGCACAUAUACAAUCAUUUUUAUACUGUUCAUAUUCUGCAAUGCAUGAUGCCACACGUAAUUAUCAAGCCUUUCAGACAUCCGUGGACUGGACGUUACUGCUUCUUGGUUUAUACUUACAAGACAAAUGUGUAUGAUCACAUUUUGUUAAAGUUGCUCUGUAGAAGGUAGAACAAACAAACACCUGGUGGAGUGUUUAGUACCAGCUAAAGGGACCAAAGCUUUCAUAAUAUGCCUUUUGUACAGCUGUACUCGUUGUAUUUCAAAUAAACAAGCUUUCACAACUAA